UCAUAACUAUGACGUAAGACGGAAGUUCAAAAGCUGAUGUGGAUGGAUCAAUAACAAAAUCCAAAAUUAAACCAAGGCAUCAACUAAAGACCCAAUCAGCGCGAACUUUAUGAGACUACAUCUCCCAGAAUCCUACAGCAUUAAAGCCAUAAUAGCCCCGUCCUCAGGGUCACCAGCUCAAAUGCGUCACAAUCAUCACGCUGACUACACCAAUAGGCGCGUAGCUUUCUUACUACGGAGAUUCCAGCCAAUGGGAAGAGGCGGCAGCUGCGACGUCUCCUCUGGAAGUGUCGGCGGCGGGCGCAUGCGCGGGGUGCCAGUCUUCCCGGUAUCCAAGGGCAAAGGGGUGGAGAGGGGUAGAAGCCGGACGGCGGGAGAGGUGGCGGAGUUGUGCUGAUCGGAGAGCGGGCGAGAUGCUGCCGGCGGUGGAGUAGGAGGCGGUUCUGUUCCCCGAGACCGAGCGCGCUGCUCUCAGUGGCAGUGGGCUGUGUACGUGCAUGGCUGGUGCAGUGAAUUGCAGGCAGAGUGCAGCCAGGGGACUGGCAACGUUUGGACUCGGGCGAUGGAAACCCAGCAGUGGCGCUCGGAUCAGGAUCCGAGGGAAUGACCGCAGCAUCUGUUACAGUUGUGACCAUCCGGUCAGGAAACAGAAUUUCUCCUCUUGCUGCCGAGUGCAGAACUUCGAGAUGUGUCAUGGCAGAUUCUUUCGGCAUAUCAGUGCCACCUCAUGGACCACGCCUGUUUGCGUGUGGCACCAAAACAAGAGACAGAUCGGCGUGGAGACCUACACGGCAACAGACCGCAGUCCCAGCCUCGUGGCUUGCGACAUGCCUUACUUGCAGUUCUCUCCCAGUGGUUCAUUGCACACUCAAGGGGCACCUGCAGGUGAUGUGCAUCUGCAGUCCCUCAUCUAUAUCCCAGAUCAGAAGAUCGGCAUGCAGAUGAUCAUCCGUGGCCAGGGCAGGGAGCAGGCAGCCCUCGUGGAGAAGCCCUGUGUGCGGAUGGAGCAGUUGGCAGUCUCCAGAGUAGAGCGCGAGCCCUGUGGGCUGGUGGAGGGGCUUGGUGCUGAGCAGGAAAGAGCUCUUCUGCUGUCUCAGCUCUUGAAUUCAAUCACCACAGUUGACGGGCGCAGCUCAGACGACAUUGUGGUAGAACAUGACUCCAUGUCCCACUUCCUUGUGAGAGAGCUGGCGGCUGAUGGUGUCCCUGAGACACUGGUGGGCCAAUUGGCAGGGGCAGAGGUGCCCUCUGCAGGCAGGCCAGAUUCCAAGAAACAGCAGCCCCAGGACAAAGUGCUGAGCCCCUGGGAUAUGAGUGAGGGGCAGCUGGACUCUUUCCGGACUCUGUUUGACAGUGAGUGCCUUGCAGGCCUCGAGCAUCUAACUGCAACUGCAUCUCAGCUGCGGCAGCUUGCUUUUUGCAGAGCAGGAGAGCUGAAGAAGACAGCCCCACAGAAGGGAGAGCCCAGUAUGGAGGAGCAUCUUGCUGUGCUUUACGAAAAGCUGAGGUUGGAGUUGCCGAACUUUUUCCUGAAGCCACAUGAUUAUGAGAUGUACUCGCAGAACGUGGAGUUCAUCAGCGCAUUUCCACGAAUGAAGAUACGUGGCCGAAACAUCUAUCGGGUCCUGGUGACGUUGUCUCGCUUCAUCGCCUGGAACUACUGUGCCGACCUUCAAAUGGAGGUGAUGAAGAUGACGCAGCAUCCUGAGGACUGGACAGUCCAGGUGCGCUGGCGGGUGACCGGCAUCCCACUCCAUGUACUGAUACUGAAGUUUUACAAGAAAGACAAGACUGAAUUAUACAGAACCUAUGAUGCAUAUUCAAUCUUUUACUUGGGCCCUGAUGGACUUAUUCACCGACACAAAGUCAGCAAGAUGAUUCCGACCCAGCCCCCGGUUAUCAAGGUGAAGAGAUUGCUGCUGGGAGCCCUGGUUGCCCUGGGGCUGGAGGAACACCGCCCGGCAUUGAACUUCCUCUUUGCUCAGCUCACUGAGAAAGUGGGGCAGAAACACUGCUGAGAGAGCUGGGGAAGCACAUCCACACAGAGCUCACCGUGCCUGGCGAAGGCAACGCCGACUCCUCGCAACUCUGAGCUGCUUCAGCUACUCCCGCGAUUUGAGGCAGUUUUGGAUAUCCCUUCCGUCCGUGAAGUGUUCUGUCCCACCCUUCUGAAUCUAGCACAUCGUUUGGCUGAAAAGACUAAUCUGAUGGGUGAGGGAUAUGUCAGACUACAUGUGGAUUGAAUAGUGCUUUGUAUGACCAAAUUAUUUUGUGUCAUUGUAUAAACAUUUUGUCCAACCAUUGCAAACUACUGCUGGGCAAAGGUCCAAAGCUGGUGUUUGUUUCCCGCUUGCACAAUGAGUGACCAAGUUAAUGGAUGGGUUUGGUUAGAGCUGUCGGAUUGCCUGGGGUGAUGUGUCCGGGUGUUCUCACUGUUCAGGGCUGUAGGUGGUAGACCUGAUGCUGAUUUGAUCCUGAUCUUGGCUGCUGCCUUUGUGUGGAGUUUGUACGUUCUCCCUGUGACCUGGGCACUUCGGUUUCUCCCCACAUCCCAAAGGCUUGCUGCUAUAAUGUUUUCCCUGCUGUGCAGGAGAGUGAAAUGGGAUGGUUAGUAGUGGGCCAGGCGGCUUGUAUAUUGGCUGUAGGACUCUGUAACAUCACGGGUGUAAAGGUUAGAGAAGUGCAGAGGAAAGUAUACAUUGCCCAAAGAGUGAUGGGUAUCCGGACCUUGCUACUUGACAGUACUAACGAGAAACUAGGACAAAUACUUUUAACAACCCGAUAGAUAUGGAUUUCACAAAAUGUAGUGACUGGGUUUUUAGCGAAGUGUCGGUUGGCUGUGGCCAGGGCACCAGGGGAAAUUGGCCCUGCUUUUCAUAAGAUAAUUCCAUGCAAUCUGUUCAUAUCCUUCCACUAUCAUUGAUCCAAGGUACUGAUCCUGAGCUAGAGCAACACUAGGUACUGUACUGUGGUGUCAGCUCACUUGCGUCGCCUGGUUUUAUGUGCUUCCCCACUUGGCAGUGUUCGUUCUUCAUUGGCCCUUUGAAUCGGUUGGCUCAAGUAGCGUGAAGGCUCCCAAAUGAGACAAGUCUGUGAGAGAAGUGUGAACAGUAGUGACUGAUUAUAAAUCAGGGGAUGUCAGGGUGUCACAGACAUUGAUUCACAGCUCUGGAGACUCGGGUCCGACCCUGACCUCCACUAUAUCGAGUGUGUGGGGUUUGCAUGUUCCCCUUGUGGCUGUGUGGGUUUCCAUCCUCGUCCCAAAGGCUUGAUUGUGGGUUGAUUGGCUGUAAGUAGUGCCCAGGUGUGAGUUGUUGGAAGUGGGAUUAUUGUCAGUGGGUGCGUGGUGUCCGGUGAAGACUCUGACUCGUCCUGAUGCAAGUUCAUAACAAAAGGAUUAUGGUGUGUGCACUGCAGUUCCUUGCAUUUGCUGGAUGCAAGAAGAGGAAAUUUCGGCCCAGUCUGUGCAGGGUUUGCUCUGUGUCCACAUCCCCUUUAUGGUGGAUGAACUUACUGACUGUCAGACCAACUGCAGAGGCAAAACACUGAAAAUUGGAAAUGUGAAUGGAGUUCCUGGAGCAGCAUCAGUAACGGGGAAAAGAGUUGGUGUUUCGGGCUGGUGGCUUCUACUGCUUUUCCGGUUCCUGGGAUCAUUGGAUGCUGAAUAAAUCUGAGAGAAGCUUUAAGGAAAUGGGCAUGUGAUUCUAUAUUUCUGCUUGCUCUCCUCCACCUGCCCCAUCCCCAUUCAGCUGUCCGACGUGCUCCCUGAUGCACUAAAUAUGUUCAGGUUCCACUCUCCAGACAACGCUUUGUGACGUUCAGCACAAAUAUCAAAGCUCUUGAUCGGUGAGGGGUUGGCUGGCAAAGAUUUGAUUUCUGCUUUAUGGCUUUCUCUAGUCACCGUGUCUGGUUGUUCCAGUGCUCAAGUGCAAUCUGCCUUAAAUCCUGCGGAGCAGAGCUGUGGCAUUGCCCUGCUGAGAGAUGGUCUCCUGUGAGUGAAAUGUUGAUCUGUUGAAUGAUGAAAAUCAUGUUGAACUGAUGGAGGGGAUUCUCUGGUGCUUGUGAGCUGGUGUAUCUUGCUGCUGUGUCUUGCUUCAUUAAAGAGGGUACACUGCAGAAGUAACUAAUUGCUUUGGCAUAUUCUGGAGAGAAAUAGAAUCAUUUCCCUACCGCUUCAUUGUGUUUUAUCUCUUGCUGUCGUCGUUUAGAUUGGAAGACUUGUGCGGGCAAUGUGUGACCCUUGUCAGUGGUGAAGGAUCUGAGGGAAUGAUGUGAUUUAAAGUGAGCUGUCUCGCCAAUGGCCCAUAGGAGUGAGACUGAAUGAGAUUUCUUUAUUGUGCUUCAGUUGCUCUGGUAGUGCAAGUUGUUCCACAGAGCAGGGAGCCUUCACACCAACGGCAUUAGUACAGUUUCUCUGGCCUUUUUGACUGUUAUGUCGUCUACCUUCCAGAUCUGUAAGACUUUGAAGACCCACCAAGUGUCCGAAGUUCAUAAGACAAAAUGAUGGAAAUAAGCAGCCUGGUCAGAUAUUCAUCAGUUACUCCAAGUACUUUGGGCUGUGUGACUCGGUAGCAUGGAAUAAGUUCCAUGCAGGAGUUUGUUUACAAUUUUGAACCGAGUUUCAUUACUCAGUGAAUUGUGCUCCUUGUAUUAGGGAAGGAUGCGCUGUGUCCUAAGACACCCCACAGAGGGUUAAGAACACAACUGGAGAAAGGCUGGAAAAGAAGCAAUGCAUUCCUGAUAACGGUAGCCACAAAAAUCAAGGCAAAGGGUGAAGUGAAGCCGGAGAGGAGAAACCCUUUACCAUCUCACACUCAGUUUCACCCAAAGUUGUCACCACUGAGUAGAGAUUCAAAUACAGCACCGUGAAUUCCAGCUAAGAAGUGCUCUACUAAUCAUUCAACGGAGGCAGGGUCUUCUAGUGGUUUAACAUUCAUCAGCACGAAGAAACUAAAUUAACAUUUCAAACUUGGCUUAUUUGUGACCAAGAAGGGCAAUUUGGUGACAGGGACAUAAUAAAGAGUGGGAGUAAACCAUUUGCCCCUCUGUGCCUGCUCUGAUAUUCACUAAUCUAACCUUGCCGUUCAGAUAACUCAUGACUUCCUCAUUUCCCCUGCAGUCCAUCUGAACCUCAAUGAAUUGGCACCAUUAGUGCUCUGGGGGAGAUGCUUUCAAAGUUAGUAACCUCCUGAGAGGAACCAGUGAGACUUGGUUCCAGGUUUGCUCAGCAAUGAAGAUAAGAAAUGGAGACAGGAGUUGGUUCCUCCUGCUUGGAUCUUCAUGGCUUUUCCCAAUAGUAAUCACUUUCCUUUGAUUCCCUCAACAUCCAAAAAUGACGCAUGCAGUUGUUGAACACCGAUUAUCUUGUAGGGUUUUCCCUCACUGAUUUCACUUUACCUUGUAAUUUCUUUGUGAUGACCAUUAUCUGGAAUACAUUGUUUCUUCAAUGGUCUUUCUCCAGAAAGCUGUGAUAGGUUACUUGAUUAGCAUUCUGCUGUGAAUAUCAAACCGGGCAAAUGUUGGUGGAUAACUUCUGGAGCAGUUGAUUUUUCAUCAGUCCAUGGGGGGGGGGGGGGGGGGGGAAAUCAUGUAGUCAAACUGAAUGUAGGUCAUAUGUCGACAGCAGGGCAGGUACAGUGGUUAACUGUGGUUAACAACUGCUUUCUUGAGCUGUUGCUUCCAUUUUAACUUGCAAUAUGACAGCACUUUUACUGGAUGAAAUAGAAUUAUCUGUCUUCAUUUUAUAUAAAUGAUUGGAGGAGGCACAUGUAGAGAAACAAUUGACAUAAUCAAAGCCAAUGUGUAGCAAGAUGUUUGGGUAUCACAGAAAAUUGUACCUGGAUCUUAAGUAACCAGAUGUAAAUGUUAUCUCCUGUUUUCAUGAAAUUGAUGGUGUCAAAUCAAAGUGCAUUAUGAUUAGUUUUCCCCUGGCUGAUUGCAUUAACAAGUAUAUUUAAUCUCAGUGAUUUUUUAAUAUAUAUUCUGUUUAAAAAAAAAAGUUUCAAAUUCCUAAAAGCAUAAAACCUGCAGUUGCUGGAAAUCUGAAAUAAAAGCCUAGAUGCUAGAAAUACUCAGGCUGUCAAGCAGCGGCAGUGGAGAGCAAAUCACUUUAGUGUUUCUGGUCUAUAUGAACUUUUGACCCUGUUGCUCAAAACAAACAAGGCUGGUUUCUAAUGUGAGACAUGCUAGUUUGUAAUGGCACCAUUUUAAUGAACACAUGACCCAAAAUAAUUUGAAUUGAUAAUGCAGGGGAAAACUUGAAUGUUGGAGAAAGAAAAGCAAAUUAGAAAACGCUGACGGUACACUUCAAAGAUCUGUUGUUUUCAGGAAUUCACUUGUGUGUGUACUUUAGUGACAGAUUUUGAGGUAGAACUAUUCUUUCUAUGCUGUGACCAACAAUGUCAGUCUCACUGACAUUGCCUUGAAUAUCAUGCCUUACAGGCUGGCAUUCUACCCACUGCUAUGCUUUGGUCCUCUGAGAAAAUGUCUUGCUUUCUGACAUACCUUCCUGCUUUGUAACAAACAUUCGAGUGCGCAAUCACCUGGUGGAGUACUUGUGAGUAUGUUAGCCGCUGGCGUUAGCAGCCAUCUCAAAUCUGUGUAGUGGUGGUGCCAAGCUCCAAGAGUGGUCGUUGUUGGUGAUAUUUAUAAGGGAUUGAAGUGUCUGAGAUUGCAAACCAACUCUAAAGGUGCCUGUGCCCAGUCCUGAAGCCCAUCGUGGCCUCGCCACUGAAUAAUUCCACAUGGGCUUAAUGAGAGAGGCAGAUGGGCUGUUGAAAUCCUUGCAAGUGUGGUGCUUGUUUGCAUCUUUGAAAACUGCUUUGUGUUCUGCAUGGAUGCAUGUUUCAUUGUGAACUGAUUGUAUAAACAGCUGCAUAAUUUGACAGUGUAUAUAGUUCUAAUAUAUAUGAAAAAAUAUAUAAAUAUAAUUAGUACCAAACCUCAGACUUCAAAGUCUUUCAGUAUAAUAAACAAACUGUUUCAAUUAUACUCGAUAAAUAAUUGCUAAAAAUGGUUUUAUUGCAACUCAUCUCUAAGUGAAUCUUUUCAUAGUGACUAGACCAACAGUAUUGAUUUUUUUUUUGGGUAUGUUAAAGCACUUGUCUGCUCUUGAUUCAGUGCAGAUGCACUUGUUACUUGAUACACCAGUUACUUGGCCAAGUGGUUAUUAUGAUGGGAAAAGAUGUCUCCUCAGCAGACGUACCUAAAUUCAGAGGACACAGGGUGAUGAGAAAGAGGGUUAGAGAGGAUCUGAGGGAUUUUUUUAAAUACCCAGGAGUAGUUGCAAAGAUGUGCUACCUGAGUAGGUGGCGGUGGCGGUGGCAGCAGGGAUUCUUGACAUUUAAGAAGUAUCUGGAUGAGACUUGAACUAUCAAGGCAUAAUGGAUCACAGACCAAGUGCAGGUAAAUAAGAAAAGUGUUGAUGUGUGCUUCGUGUUUGGCAUGUAUGCGAUGGGAUGAAGGCCUAGUUCUAUGCGGUGGUUUCUAGUCAUGAAGUGUCUUGUUGAGUUCCCAGACCACCAUGCCUUUAUUAUGACCCUGAAACAAGAACAUAUGAGUUUACUAUUAUUCAGUUUAGGUUAGUCUUUGAACAUCACAUAAAGCCCAGCUAAUUUUCAACUUCUUGUCCACCAGAAUCAUAUUGUAGAUGUAUUUAAAAAAAAUUUUUUUUAAUCAUGCACCGCAUGUGGAUCUUCCACGAGGCUAAAACUUGGACUUGCAGUCUCUUAGGCUUUCGCCAGUUGGGGAAUUAACUUACUCAGAUGGCAUUCUCUAUCCUGGAAGGCUGUGGCGGCUCAGUCACUGACUGUAUUCAAAACUGAGAAUCCAUUGAGUGGUACAGCAGCCCGGCGAGGAGAGAUGCUGAUUCAGAUCUUCAGGGACCCAGGUUUGGCUCCGACCUCUGGUGCAGUCUUUGUGCAGUUUGCAUAUUUUCCCUGUGAUUACUUUUCCCAUCGAUGCUCUCGAUUCUUGCCUCAUCAUAAAAUGCGUCUGAUGGUAAAGUAAAUUUGCUACUUAGUGUGUAAGGGACUAGUAGAAUUGAUGCAAAUAUGGGGGAGGAUAAGAUUAGUGUGAGUACUUCAUGAUAAUUGUGAUAGAGGGAGAGCCUAGCCUGUUGGACUCUAUAACACAGGUUGAAGAUCAGAAGAGUACUGAAGACCGAGGUCUCGUCACUGGGACAGCGGGCUGUUUACUCAAAGUACACUACAGAUGUUGUGGUCAAUCAAGACGUACAAACAAGCUGGAUCACCCGCUGAGUUGAUCCAGCUUGUUUGUACGAGCUGUUUACUGUUAACUGUUUACCAGUGGGGGGCACUACAUGCAUUUUGAAUUAAUCUUAUUAACCUAAGAUGUUUUGUGGGUGCACUGUGGUGUACACAUCGGAUGUCUGAUGUGGUGUUUGCACAUUCUCCUCAGGACCGCGUGGGGUUUCCUAUGGGUGCGUUGGUUUUCUCCCACAUUCAUAGGUGUGGUUAGUGAAUUAAUGACUCAUGCAAGUCACCGCACCCUCCCCCAUCAUUUAUUUUUAUUUUCGCUGAUGUAUGUUGUAAAGCUUGUUGUUUUGUGGCAGCAGUACAGUGGAUGAGAUGAGAACUACUACAGGCUGAGAAUGAAUAAAUAGUACAAAACAAGAAUAGUGAGGUGGAAUACCAUUCAGAAAUCUGACGGCAGAGGGGGUGGGGUGGGGAGGCGAGGCGAGAAGCCGUUCUUAAAAUAUUGUGUGCGUGACUACAGGCUCCAUUAUGGUAGUACACGUGGGGUAGAAUCAAGGGGCGAGUCAUGGGAAUAGAACAUCAAAUGGCCCUGUAUCCAUGUUGUAUGACCACUCCUUUCAAAAUUCACUCCUCUGGAAGAGUGGGGCAGGUGUCAAACAGUAUAGCAACCCAUGGCCAGACUUUGACCUUGCACGUACCAGUCUUCCUCUGGCUGGCCUUCGGAGCAGCCGCCUAAUCUGCCCAAUUUCCCACGACGCCCACCAUGGGAUGAGGUGUGAUUAAUGUGGCUGUAUCUUGACUCCAUGAAAUGUUUUCUAGGAAAGCAUUCUAUUUUGUAGAUCCCCUCUGAUAUAAAGGCACACUGAUCCUACAUGAUAAAGGGGAGGAUUGUAUUGAUACACAAUCCAAUUCCCUUACAAUGGUUCCAGGCAGAACUACACCAGUGAGUGUAACAUCACACGCCAACUAACUGGAGGGAACUGAAGGGUGCGAGGUCGAGGCUUUAGGGACGAGGUAAUUUCUGAAGAUGGGAUGAAGUUUAAAAAUUCCAAACCGGUCUCCCUUACCUCCACUUAAAUUAUUUAACUUUGCUGCUGCAUAGAACAAAAGUGACAAUCAGAAAAUUGGUAAUACUCUGCCCAUCAAUAAUACAUAGAAAUCUACAGCCUUUCAGCCCACAAUGUUGUGCUGACCAUGUAACCUACUCUAGAAACUGCCUAGAAUUUCCCUGGUGCAUAACGCUCUAUUUUUCUAAACUCGAUGUACCUAUCUAAGAGUCUCUUAAAAGAUCCUAUUGUAUCCACUUCCCCUCAGUACCUAUUUCCAAGCACCUUAAAGCUGUGCCCCUUUGUGUUAGUCAUUUCAGCCGUGGAGAGUAAAUGAAAUUAAACUGAAAUUCUAACACAGAAGUCUGCAGGUGCUGGAAUCUUGAGCAAUAAACAAACUGGCAGAAAUCUGUGUCGAGCAGUAUCUGUUGAACGAAAAACAAGUGUCUAUUUUUUUGUCUAAAUCC